AUGGCCUCGCUCACUUCAAAGUUCGCCAACCUCAAUCCCUUCUCCAAGUCGGCGCCAGAGGACGAGGAGGAGCUUGGCGAUGCGACCGACAAUACCACCUUGGCCGGUGGAGGCCACGCCGCUCGCGACUCAGACCUCAAGCACCGUCUCCGCGUGAGCCGUGCCAUCAAGUCCUUCCUCGUCGAUCAGAAGGUCAUCUCCUCCAAGGAGGCAAAUAUCGAUUCAGAGCAGCCCACUGCCGCGUUGCAGGCCCUCGUUGACAAGCCUCACAUCAGCGUGCCCCGCGAACUCACCGAUAGAUCCCAUCCCUUGCCCGAGUAUUUUAUCAGUUCCAGCCACAACACCUACCUCUUGGCCCACCAGCUCUACGGGAGUUCUUCGGCAGAGGCCUAUGACGAGACGCUGCGUGCUGGCGCGCGAUGCGUCGAGAUUGAUGCCUGGGAUAACCCUGACAACAAGGACGAACCCAAGGUCACCCACGGCUACACCCUUGUCUCCAACAUCCCUUUCCGCACCGUCUGCGAGACCAUUCGCAAUGUCGUCGACCACGAAGCAAAGGACCCUCAUCCGGCCGCACCAAUCCUCUUGUCUCUCGAGAAUCACUGUGAUCCUGAAGGUCAACUGCGCCUGGCAUUCAUUAUGAGAGAGGUAUUCGGAGACCGGCUUCUCAGCCAGGCAAUCAGGGAGAAGGGGCAUGCCGAGCAAGACGGUCAGGCUAACCACGUCCGCCUCGAGGAACUUGGCAACAAGAUUGUUGUCAUUGUCGAGUACCACUUUCCUGGAGAAGCCGCCGACAACAGCUCGAGCUCGAGUGACGACGACGAAGAGGAAAAGAACGCCAAGAAAGACUACGAGGCGAAAAAGAAGGCUGCGCCCCCCUCACUGAUUAUCCCUGAAUUGGAAGCUCUCGGCGUUUACGCCCAGUCCGUCAAGCCUGUCAACAAUUCGUGGUUCGAGGAGGUUUUGCAAGAUGCGCCGCAUCAUCACCUCAUCAAUGUUUCGGAGUCCGGGCUCGCAUCCCACCUCCCCGCGCACAGUGACAAAAUCUCGCGUCACAAUGCCCACCACCUCAUGCGUGUUUUCCCCAAGGGAACCCGCAUCUCGUCCAAAAACCUCCAUCCCGUUCCCUUCUGGGGAAUAGGCGCCCAGAUCUGCGCUCUCAAUUGGCAGACUUUUGGAGCAUCAAUGCAACUCAACGAGGCUCUCUUCAGUGGCUCCGAGGGUUUCAUUUUGAAGCCCGCCGAGCUCCGGUCCGGUGGCUCGGGCCACCUCGGCAGCGGAAGCAAGCGGAAGCUCCGCCUGCACGUCGGCGGCGCCACCGACAUCCCCGUGCCGUCCGAUCGCGACGAGGACGAGACGAUCAAGCCCUACCUCACCUGCACACUCGUGCAUCCCCAUGAUUUAGAGAUGAAGCCCCCGAAGAGGAAGACGGCCGGCUACAAACAGCACAAGCUAACGGGCUUCUUGCACAAGGGAGAGAACCCGCCUCCGACUGAACCCCUGUGGGACGAGGUCCUGGAGUGGGAGUACCAGGACAACGAAAUGGUAUUCUUGCGCAUGCUCAUCAAGAGUGACGACAGCUUCGCCAAAAAUCCAAUCUUUGCUGUCGGCGCGGUGAGAUUGCUCUACACUAUUCCGGGCUGGGUCUUUAUUCGUAUGCUCGAUCUCAAGGGAAGAGAAACCAAGUGCUCCAUCCUCGUCAAAUUCGAGCUCAUCUUGAGGAUACCCUACGGAGCCGGACCUCUCGCCGGCGCCCUCAUCAUCUUGGCCCAAGCACAAAGCAUAUCCCCGUGGGUCUACGACCCCGCAAAGGACCCCGGGACGCUGAUAGCUCCCUUUUCUACGGGAACGGAACGCAGCAGCACGGCCGUGGGCGUGUCUAGAAAGAGAAUCUAUCUCGCGGGCUUCCUGCGAGGCAUGAAGACCGUCACCAGCGGAAUCAUCGCCACGAUCGCCGACUUUUCCGCAUACGACACGGCGACAGACACCUAG